CUCUUUCCUCUCUAAUCUAACUCUCAAAAUUUCUCACCUGGGAGUUGGGAGCUUCAACUAAUUCUCUCUCCAUUAUUCUCUUCCUCUUAAUUCUCAUUUACACAAAAUCUCUCAAGAUGAGCAACAUAAGCAUGGUAGAGGCAAAACUCCCACCUGGAUUCAGGUUCCAUCCCAGAGAUGAAGAGCUUGUGUGUGAUUACUUGAUGAAGAAGGUGACACACAGUGAUUCCCUUCUCAUGAUUGAUGUUGACCUUAACAAGUGUGAGCCAUGGGAUAUUCCUGCAACAGCGUGUGUGGGAGGGAAGGAGUGGUAUUUCUACACACAGAGAGAUCGCAAGUAUGCAACAGGGCUUCGAACAAAUCGUGCCACUAGUUCAGGGUAUUGGAAGGCCACUGGGAAAGACAGGGCAAUACAUCGCAGGGGCACUCUUGUUGGGAUGAGGAAGACUUUGGUGUUCUAUCAAGGAAGGGCACCCAAAGGAAGAAAAACAGAGUGGGUCAUGCAUGAGUUUCGCAUUGAAGGACCCCAUGGCCCUCCUAAAAUUCCUUCUUCCAAGGAAGACUGGGUUUUAUGUAGGGUGUUCUACAAAAGCAGAGAGGUAGCAACCAAACCUAGCAUGGGUAGCUGCUAUGAAGACACAGGAUCUUCAUCUCUUCCUGCACUAAUGGACUCUUACAUCAGUUUUGACCAAGCUCCGAUCCACACAGAUGAACAUGAUGAGCAAGUGCCCUGCUUCUCCAUUUUUUCUCAAAACCAAACCAACCCCAUUUUCAACCACAUAACCAACAACAUGGACCUAAAAUUACCAGCUGCCAACAACAACACAACUACUACAUAUGGAGGAGGAGCACCCAAUUUGGGUUAUAGCUUAGACCCUUUGUCCUGUGAGAGUAAAGUGUUAAAAGCUGUUUUAAGUGAGCUCACAAAGAUGGAAAGAAACCCACUUAACCCAAGUCUUGGCUCACCAAGUUUAGGAGAAGGAAGUUCAGAGAGUUACUUAUCUGAAGUGGGCAUGCCCCACUUGUGGAAUAAUUAUUAAUGUGGGACAUCACUCCUCUUAAGCUUUCUUGGUGUGGUUUUCUCCAAAUUCUACUCUCUUACCCUAUGUCAACAAGGGGGUAAAAUCACUAAAAAAUAAUAUGAGGGGAAGAGAGUGAUGGUAUUUUACUCUUGGUGUUAACUGUUAAGUACUAAAAUGUAUCUAUCCAUGAUAUGUCCCAAUAUAUUAGGAGAAUGGGACUUGUAAUUGGAAUUUAUAAAUGUUUGUAGUUAAUUUAGUUAGUGGAUCAGUGGAUGAUUUAUUUUACUUUUGUUAAAUUAGUUGGUGAACUGAGAUGUGAUGAGAGUUCAAAUUAGAUAUACAUGACGAUGUCUUCAGUGGGACACUAGGUUUAGUGACACACCGUGUACCUGUGAAAAAAUAUAUGUGAAAGUCCAAAAUACCCUGUAAUAAUAUUGAUUUUCCAUAUCUAUCAUUUUGAUUCCCUAA